UUGUUUGGGAGAAUACAUGAUGUAUCAUGAACAAGAAAAAGUUGAUUUGGGAGACUGACAUACGAAGGGUCACGAUCUCCUAUCCCCAACUAGAAUUUUGAUUUCUUCAUGUAUAUAUAUAACGAACUCAUAUAUUGAGCUAUCAAGAUUUUAGCGAAGAUAGGAACAUAACAUGUUGACUCAUCGAUGGUCCAUGAAUGUGAAAAGAGCAAGACUUAUGACUCUCACACGAGGGAGGCCCACGUCCACAUGAGGGGCUCCAAACUCAACUUGAGGGAGCUGUACCUGUAUAUUUUGAGUAUCUUUACCAAUGUGAAAAAAGUGAUUUGGGAGAAUGACAAGAAAUGAUUGAGAUCUGCUACUUUCCACUAGAAUUUUAAGUCCUCCAUCCAUUUGCUUUUGUUAACAAAAUUUGGGAGAACAAUAAAGAAGGAGCGAGAUCUCCUGUUUUCCCCGGCAAUUUUAGGGAAAAAAGAGGAAAGAACAAUAAAUCUCGAGUCAUUUGGAUGAAUGUUUAAAGAAUAAUUCUACUCCUACAAAGUUGGUGUAUAAAAGUGGAGUGUCAAAGUGUGUUGGCAAAAUUUGGACCCUUGAUUUCAAAUAAUUUAAAAAUUUGCUUUUAAAAUGAUUGAUGUAGAUUUGAUUUUUUAACUUAACUUUAUCAACCCUUUAUUAUUGUAGCAUAGCUCAUGUUUAAAAGGUGAUAUAGAAGAGAAACAUGAAUGACGCUGGACAUACUAGCACCACAAAUAAAGUCCUUACCCUGUGUAAUAUCCAAGUGUCAACUCAACUGGGGUCGGUUUUUUCGCUUUACCGUCUUCUCUCUUUAUCCUGUGCUAACAAGAGAAUAGAUGGCCAAAAUGCUGAUAAUAUUCUUCCUCCUGCUUAUACUUUUUCUCUCGAGCACAGUUUUUUCUCAGUUGGAUGAGUUCAUUUUCCAUGGUUUUCAAGGAGCAGGCAACAACAUGAGCCUGAAUACUGUCUCUGAGAUUGAGCACAAUGGGAUUCUCAAGCUAACGAACGAUACUUGGAGACUCAUUGGCCAUGCCUUCUAUCAAGCCCCAAUUAAUUUCAAGAACUCAACUACUGGGAAAGUUUUUUCCUUUUCAACGGCUUUUGUAUUUGCUAUGGUCCCUGAGUAUGAAAAAUUGGGUGGCCAUGGCUUAGCCUUCACGAUCGCCAAGUCGAAAGAGCUCAAAGGAGCUCUUCCAAGUCAGUAUCUGGGUCUUCUCAAUGCAACUGAGGUUGGUAAUUUCUCUAACCAUGUAUUUGCAGUCGAAUUCGACACUGUUCAAAACAUGGAAUUUGGUGAUAUUAAUGAUAACCAUGUUGGGAUUGACAUCAAUAGUUUGGCCUCAAAUGCAUCUGUGCCUGCCAAGUAUUUUGUUGAAGGAAAUUCAACAGAGCAAGAGCUCCGUCUCAAAAGUGGGAAGAGAAUUCAGGCCUGGAUUGAAUAUGAUUCGACUAAACAACAACUGGAUGUGACUCUUUCACUUUCUUCAUCAAAACCGAGACUUUCAGUUCUUUCAUUUGCUGUGGAUCUUACACCAAUUCUCAUGGACUACAUGUAUGUGGGCUUUUCUGCUUCGACCGGUCUACUUGCCAGUUCUCACUAUAUUUUCGGAUGGAGUUUCAAGAUGAAUGGGCAAGCUCAGUCCCUGGAUCUAUCUUCAUUGCCUUCUCUUCCUGGACCCAAAAAGAGUCAAAUGCCCUUAAUUCUAGGUACUACUUUAGCAUCUGCUGUUCUUAUGGUACUUGCAACUGCGAUAGCCUUGUACGUAAUUAAGAAAAUCAAGAAUAUGGAUGUGACUGAGGCUUGGGAGCUUGAUAUUGGCCCACAUAAAUUUUCCUACAAAGAGCUCGAGAAAGCGACAAGUGGUUUUAGAGACAAGGAACUACUUGGGUUCGGUGGAUUUGGCCGAGUUUACAAAGGAACUUUGCCUAAUUCCAAUACCCAAGUUGCUGUGAAGAGAAUAUAUAGCGAUUCCAAGCAGGGUUUACGUGAAUUUGUUUCAGAGAUUGAAAGCAUAGGACGGCUUAGGCAUAGAAAUUUGGUUCAAUUACUGGGAUGGUGCCGCAGAAGAGGGGAUCUGUUGCUUGUUUAUGACUAUAUGCCUAAUGGAAGCUUAGAUAAGUUCUUAUUCGAUGAAAGGAAAAUGAUUUUAACUUGGCAACAGAGGUUAAAGAUCAUCAAAGGUGUGGCUUCUGCACUGCUAUAUUUACAUGAAGAAUGGGAACAAAUUGUGAUUCAUAGGGAUAUAAAAGCAGGAAAUGUGAUGUUAGACUCGGAAUUAAAUGGUAGGCUCGGAGACUUUGGAGUUGCAAAGCUAUAUGAGCGUGGUGCAAAUCCAAGCACAACAAUUGUGGUGGGCACGUUGGGAUAUUUAGCCCCCGAACUAACUAAAACUGGUAAGCCAACAACAAGAACAGAUGUGUUUGCCUUUGGUGCACUGUUGCUGGAAGUUGUUUGUGGGAGGAGGCCAAUCGAGGCAAAAGCAUUGCCAGAGGAAUUGAUUUUGGUGGAUUGGGUGUGGGAUAAGUGGAAACAAGGGGCAAUACUUGAGGUGGUGGAUCCAAGACUAAGAGGAGAUUAUGACGAGUCAGAGGUUAUAGCGGUGAUAAAGCUGGGAUUGAUUUGUUCAGACGAUGACCCCGAUAAAAGGCCUACGAUGAGUCAGGUGGUUAGGUACUUGUAUGGAGAAGUGGCAUUUCCCCAAGUGUUGGUUGCUUCUGAUGAAUAUAAUGGUGACAGAUUGGAGGAUUUUGUGCAUUCAUAUCCAUCAUCAUCAUCAUACUUUGAGAGGGUAAGUGCAGGGUCCUCGGUUGAUCGUGAAGCUGCUUCAUUUAGAGUGGAUGGCAGUUAGAUCUCAAAUCCUGCAGGACAGCAUGCAGGCGAGGUGCCACAAUGACUUCAAUGCUUACUUAAGUCAGCAACUGUAGAAUAUGCACUUGUAGUUUUAGGGCUUCAGCAUUCUUGGUUCAACCUCAGGUCUCUCUGUGUGAGCUUUCCACUCUUCCAGUUUCUACAUUUAGCACAGCAACUUUAUUUCAGAUGAUGUAUGUACAUAAAUCCUUUUGCAAUUUCACCAUAGAUAGGUGGUAUUGACUGUAACUAAUUACUGCCUAUGACAGUUUGUGUGAUAUUUGUCGCCUGUAAGAACAAACAGUGGAAACAUGAAUGAUGCAUAGACCAGAUUCUAUUUUUUAA